AACGUUUAAAAACUAAAAUCAGAAACAAACUUUUAAAAUCAAAACCCAACUGUACACCACUAGUCCCAACCAAGCUUGUUAAUCUCACUAAAAGGUGGUGCAAGAAUCGCAAAAAGCAGAUACCAUCGAUAACGCAGAGUCGAGUGCUGUAGUGAAAAAUAAUCCUCGGAUCCGGAGUGUGUCGCCAGGAGGUAGUUUCUCAAGAAACAGCAAAAUUCUAUCUCAAGCAAAUAAAGUGCGAACGGGUGUCGGAGCUACCGUGCAGUGAGUGUCACCCGGAGGCUGAUGUAAGUGCAAAAAGAGGAACCUCUUUUUGCAGGUGGGGCGCUGUGGCAGUUAGGCUAAGCAGCAAACAUACGAUAAUGUACAACAUAUAUCGUUACACCUGGAGGAAGUAGAGAUGAAGCAGCAUAGGUAAAGGGAAACCAGGUAGACGAAGAGUGAGAGAGAGAGAGAGAAGGUGUAGAGAGAAACAAGUGAGGGAAGGCGGAGGCCGUCAAGGAGAAGAAGGAGGAAGAAAGAGGUGGCAACGGCUCACCAAGUGAAGGCGCCGAGAACGCGUCCGAAUGGGAUGUCAGAGAAAUGGGCGAGGCUCCGCGCGUCCGCGUUAAUCGCAAAAGCCUCGCGGCCCUGAGAAAUCGCAACGAGAAGAUAAUCCGACUCUUCGGCGUGAGACUGGUCCUAUCCCAGGAAAAUGAGACCGCAAGAGGGGAUGACAAGGGAGAGCAAGCAGAGGAUAAAGAUAAGGAAGAGGAGGACGAGGACAUCACGUCCUGCGACCGUCCCGUCGGAAACGAGAAUGAAGUCCUCGUGUCGCUGGAGGUCUUCCCCGAGUCAGUAUGCAGUGGUUGGAGUGGGGCUGGGGAACCGCUCACCGAUUCCUUACUCGAAAUUGCGGCCAGGGUCCAGAGGUAUGUCGACUGCACAGUCCUCGGUGCCGGAAGUGGAGCCGAGGCCGAAGACUCGUCCUACGACAGCGAUUACGAGGCUGAGGAUUCACUUGGAUCAUCCGCUAUUCAUCCUCAACUUGAGUCACAAGUAUCAUCGUCGACACACUCGGACGUCUCCCGCACGACGUCCGACACACUGGCAGCUGAGUUUGCCGAAUACGUCACUGUACAGGGUCCAUCCCCUAUUCAAAGUCCUGGUUACACAGCCAGGGUGGAAUUCGCGUUGAAGCUUGGCUAUACAGAAAGACUGGUACAGGCAGCCUUACACAAGCUGGGACCAGAUCCAGGUCAGAAUGAACUCCUGGCGGAGUUAAUAAAGCUUGGGGCAAGUUCGCCAAAGUUUACGGAUACUCAGGAUGACUCAGACAAUCUGUUAGAGGCUGAUGUACCUGUGGACGAUGGAUCCUUAUCCUCGGCGCUACGUCCUGUGGUCAUUGACGGUAGUAAUGUCGCCAAGAGUCAUGGAAACAAAAAGGUCUUCUCCUGCAGGGGCAUUAAGAUUUGUGUCGAUUGGUUUCGUGCCCGUGGACACAAGGAGAUCACCGUAUUUGUACCAAAAUGGCGGAAGGAAGCAUCCAGACCUGAUAACCCCAUAGCUGAUCAGGAAAUCCUAGGCGAGCUGGAACGGGAUCGGCUUCUGGUAUUCACACCGUCCAGAUUGGUAGGCGGCAAGCGCAUGGUCUGCUACGACGACAGAUACAUUCUUCGUUUGGCUGCUGAACUUGAUGGGAUUGUCGUGAGCAAUGACAAUUAUAGAGACCUGGCGCAGGAGAGUCCAGAGUUCAGAAAAGUCGUCGAGGAGAGGAUCCUCAUGUACAGUUUCGUUAACGAUCGGUUUAUGCCGCCUGAUGAUCCUCUAGGAAGGAGUGGACCCACGCUCGAUAACUUUCUUAGGAUUGGAUCGCGAAGAGCCGAUCCAGCACCUCCUUGUCCUUAUGCUAAGAAAUGUACGUACGGUAACAAGUGCAAGUUUCGUCAUCCUGAACGUGGUCCUCAUCCUCAUAAAUCAGUUACUGAACGUCUGGUCGAGCACGCUCAACGUCAUCUACAGGCACGGGGUCCUAGUCUAAGUCUUCCCUUGUCCUCCUCCACGUCUACCUCGGGCAUUGUGCCCCAGCAUCAGCCACUCUGUAAGGCUAGGUCGGCUGUACCUACUAUCCAAUCACCAUCCGUCCCCAAGAGUAGAUCUGUAGAGAACGUCACCGCGGAUUCUGCGCAGACAAAUCCUGCUGUGUACGCGCAACAAAUGCCCACAGCACAAAAUACCCCAGGAUAUCCCUCUCCGGUUGGAUGGCCUGCUCCCAGGGUGGCUAAUACGGAUCCUGAGCCAGCUAACAUGCACAGGAAGCUCCAGAGACAGCUCACGCUUAAUCCCGCCUGCGAUCCAAGGCUGUACCAACUGCGAAGGUAUCCCCAGCAGCAACAAACUCAACAACAGCACCAGGCAUUACAGCCACAACCUGUCAUCAAUCCAUCACACUCAACUAUGCAGCACAGACCAUUGACGAGGCACGCAAGCAACGAGUCUCCCUAUCCCGUAGCUAUGAGCUGGGAGCAUCCUGAGCACCAUCAUCAGCACGUUACACGCAUAGCAUCUGCGCCGGAUUCCUAUCGUGCUUGGCCACCAAGAGGAACGAACCUUCCAGCACCCUCCAGGGUCCAGAGACUAGGAGCAUCCGACCCCCAGCUUAACUUGCUACCAUCACCACCCUCGGCACCAGGACUCCACGCAUCCUGGGGCACUCAGGCGCAGGAUGCAAGACGUCGGUUACAUUAUCAUCUGGCGAAUAUCUUUCCCGAGGAGCAGGUACAAGCUGCGAUGGCGCUGCAUCCACACGAAACAGAUCCUCAGCAGAUCUGUGCCGCCAUCCUGGCGAUGUUUCCCAAGCCUUAGGAUGGAAAGUUCUACGGUUGACAGGCCAAACCUUUAGCGUUUACUAUUGACGAGGUAGGGGUAUUCGUCUACCUGGAUUUUAGUAAUAUGGUCUAAUUUCAACCUCCCAGAACCGAGACCUGGUGAGGAUCCAGUAGGAAUGCAUGGCGAUCCUCGUGAAGGAUGAAGAUGUUCCAGAAAAGACGAAUGCUUCCAGUAGCCAUAUUUGUUGUACAUACACGCUAUGCUACACCUUUUCUUUUCUAUCUUCGAACAGUCAUCCUCAGGGAGAAUAUAUCUUUUUCGAGGUCUCGCGAGCCUCUGGCAUCGAUCGUAAAGCGGACGAUACUCGUGUUACCGAAUGCUACGCACAGUAUAGUAUUUCGAUGACUGAAAUGUCAUCGUAGAAUCCCCAGCACCCUCCGUGAGAGUGAUCCCGGGAGAUUAUGAGAAGCAAGAAGCUACUUGACUUUACAGAGAACAAAAUCUUACAAAGGUAAAAAAAAAAAGCGACAAGGAAACCGCGUUGCGCUGUCAAAAUCCACGAGUCCAUAUUAAAAGACGUCAGUCGCGUGAUUUAUGUUUUUCCUUAUUGCAAUAUCAUUCCCCUUCGUUGCAUAUCUUCAAUUGGAUUACACGAAAAACUAAAAUUGUGAGCUGGAACCUCGCUAACCGUCAAUAAUUUCUAAUUGAACAUUUUCAAUGGUCCAACUCUUUUCUUUUUUUGUCAAAUAACCAACAAAUCAUGAUUCUUUGGAUCUCGUGGAUCUUGAAAUAAAUUCAGCCAGUACCAUUAUGUGACGAACGAAGGUCAGUUACGGUUGUAGACUCGUCCGAAUCAAUUGGAAGUCUUACGGUACACAAUUGUACACACUGAUAAUACAUAAUAAUAUAAUGUAACUAAUCGCGAAUAAUAUCCACCCUGUUUCUUUUAUACAAGAAAAGCGACCUCGACUUUACGUAUAAAAGGAAUGGCGUGCAUAAGUCAUUUAUACCGUUUGUGAAUAACAAUUAUUUUCACGCAUCUUCGCCGGGUUAGCCAAGCGGCUAACUUUCUUUCUCGGUCGAGGAUCAGAAGGUACAUUGUAGACUUUCUUUUGGAAGCACGUGUAGUUCGCACUUCUUUUUUUUUUCUUCUUUUACUUUAUAGCCAGCGACAAACUAAAUAGGGCAUUAUACGAUAGGUCGCGAGCAUUUUUAUUUUAUACGUUAAGGCCACCUAGGAUUACUUGCAAAUAUCUGUCCCCUCGAAUAUAUCUAUUUUAAUUGUUAAAAAAAACAACAUUUUUUUUCAUUUCAUUCGUCACGUUUCGAUCAACCGAUGAGACGAGAUCGUUCGACUCACAUUGAGUCUCAAGGUCUCUGCAUAUCCAGCAUUGGCUCGGACGUUUCUUAAAUUAAUCCAAAAAAAACAUUUAAUGUUUAUAUUUUUCUUCUCUCACUUCUCGCACGAGGAAUUAAGUCCGGAUAAUUCAUGAGAAACGUUCGAAGCAUGGAAGACAAAUUUUAUCUUCAAUUACUCACGUUAAUCAUUUUCCAUAUUUGGUGUGCUCUUAGCUACCGGCAACAAAAUAUGUGCAGAAAACGUCAUUCGCGAUACCCAACUACGCUGAGCAGCGACUGUAAAUUAUAAGCUAGAUUUGUAUGUCUGACUCGGGCAUACAAGAGGAGGACAGCCUUCGCUGGUAAACAAGUUCAUAUACAGUGUGGUCCAUUGUAAUUCUCAUGUCCGUAAUAUUCACUGAGGCGAGUAGUUUUUUUUUACGUAAGACACCCUGUACAACAUACCUUUGCAUUGAAAAUCGUAUGUUCCUAUUCGCGACUCUAACUUAUCACCUUGUUUAUCAGCUAUUCGCCAGACUCACUCAAGCCUGUUCUUUAAUCGAUGGAGUCGCAUUUCUGGUUUUUUUUCACUUUUAUUGUUAUUCUAUUUCGCUUACUACGCGUCCAGACAACCGUUUCGCAUAAUCAUACAUAUCCGUGCACUUGGCACGUUUCAGGAUUGCCAACCUUGUCUCCGAUUGGGAAAAUGACGCCGUGUAAGUUAUUGAUAUAAACUGAAAAAGAUUGUUAAAAAAAUUUGUUUCCAGGAAGAGGACAAGAUUUUUCUUAUUAUACAAUAUUUUGGACACUACGAAUCACGUCUUAUACAUAUUUUUUCUUCUCUCAUUUUUAUGUCAUUGUCAUUAUUAUAGAUAUUAUAUAUUGUUAUCAAUUAUUCGAAUUUAUUUAACGGAGAGAUAUUGAGAAUUUAAUAUAUGAUUAGCAUAUAUGAGCAUGUAUGUGUAUUUCAGCACUGAAAUUUUGCAAUACCGUGUAUUGCUGACACAAAGAGAGUUGUGACGUAUUUACGGGCUCUUUCUUUUCUUUAACGUACGUUAUAUAUGUUGAUAUAUAUGUAUAUAUAUCUGACAGAGAAUGGAGAGGAUAGAAGGAAAAAGAGAACGAAUUGUUGUUUAAUAUUUUAGGGAUACAGUACGUAGCGACAAAUUAAUUGUUAGGUGUAACGAAACUUUGGUGUUUAUAUUGGAAACGUCACAAUCGUCGUUAAACGGAUAAAUUUUCUUAUCGUUUAUUUAAUUAACGUAGGAGGAACGAUCGCGCGAGAAUUUCUCACGUAUACGGAAAAGAAAUAACGUGAACGAUUAUGAAUUAUUAUUAUUAUUAUUAUGUUAAUAUUAUAUGAAAUAUUAUAUUAUAUAUAACAAAUUUGUAUCAAUGUUAUUGCCAAUGGAUUGUGAAAUAAAUGUUUUUCUAUUUAAUUGUA